ACCCCCUCAUCACCUUCUGUUUGCUAAGCAGCUACCAGGACGGGAAAGAUGGUGUUGUGAUGGACGCGGACCGUAACCUGUGCUGAAUAACACGCCCGGUAUAUCACGAAAACCCCUUAAAACCGCAACCAUGUUCGGUCGGUCACGGAGCUGGGUUGGAGGACAAGGGAAAGCGAAAAACAUCCAUUCUUUGGACCAUUUGAAGUAUAUGUACCAUGUCCUGACCAAAAACACCACUGUGACAGACCACAACAGAAACCUUCUAGUGGAGACCAUCCGCUCCAUCACAGAGAUCCUUAUCUGGGGUGAUCAGAAUGACAGCUCUGUGUUUGACUUCUUCCUGGAGAAGAACAUGUUUGCCUUCUUCCUGAACAUCCUGCGUCAGAAGUCGGGACGUUACGUGUGCGUUCAGCUGCUCCAGACCCUCAACAUACUGUUUGAGAACAUUAGCCACGAGACUUCCCUGUAUUAUCUCUUGUCGAACAACCACGUGAACUCCAUCAUCGUCCACAAAUUUGACUUCUCAGACGAGGAGAUCAUGGCCUACUAUAUCUCCUUCCUCAAGACCCUGUCACUCAAACUGAACAACCACACGGUGCACUUCUUUUAUAACGAGCACACUAAUGACUUUGCCCUGUACACCGAGGCCAUUAAGUUUUUCAACCAUCCAGAAAGCAUGGUCCGCAUCGCUGUCCGCACCAUCACACUCAACGUCUACAAAGUUUCAUUGGACAACCAGCACAUGCUGCACUACAUCCGAGAUAAGACGGCUGUGCCAUAUUUCAGCAACUUGGUCUGGUUUAUCGGCAGCCAUGUGAUCGAACUGGACAAGUGUGUGCAGACGGAUGAAGAACACAAGAACAGAGGAAAGUUGAGUGACCUUGUGGCCGAGCACCUCGACCACCUCCACUAUCUGAACGACAUCCUCAUCAUCAACUGUGAAUUCCUCAACGACGUUUUGACGGACCACCUCCUCAACCGCCUCUUCCUGCCCCUCUAUGUCUACUCCUUGGUCUGCCCAGAGACGUCUGAAGACCGAAGGAUCAACCCCCAGGUUUCCCUCUACCUGCUGUCUCAAGUGUUUCUGAUCAUCCACUAUAAGCCAAUGGUCAACGCUCUGGCCGACGUCAUCCUCAACGGAGACCUGUCCGUCUUCACCCCGCAGACAGACCUGCACAGCACACACAAGAACACGGCCAAUGCAGGAGGUGUGCGUAGGUUCACAAAGCCCCUAGAGUCCCUCGAGCGCUCUCUGGAGUUGUCCCGCCACCGUGGCCGCAAGAAAACGCAGAAGAGACCAAACUACAAGAACUUGGGCGAGGAUGAAGAUGACGAGAGGGCUGGGGGAGGGGGAGGAGGUGGCGGCGGCGGCGCAGGAGGAGAGGAGGGCUGGGACGACGAAGGCAGAGGAGGAGAGCGCGAAGGAGGCCGAGAGAGGGAGAAGGGAAAAGGUACAGAGGGAGUAGGAGGAGGAGGAGGAGGUGGGAGUUCUAAGGGAAGCAGAGCGAGUGGGGAGACGGCGGAAGAGAUAGAGAUGGUGGUGAUGGAGAAGUGUAAGGUGUCAGAGCUGACCGAGCAGAACAUCACUGAUGAAGAGAAGACGGCUGCAGCCACCCGCACGCACAUGCAGAGGAGCAGACCGUUCUUGGACAUGGUGUAUAGCGCUCUGGACUGCACCAGUGAUGACUACCACGCCUUGUUUGUCCUCUGUCUACUUUACGCUGUGUCACACAGCAAAGGUAUAAACCGAGAUCUUCUAGAGCGUCUGCAGCUGCCAGUUCCUGACCAGGAGAGGAGCUCCUACAGCCUGGUGCUGUCAGAGAGACUCAUCAGAAUCAUGAACCAGGCAGCACAGCCAGAUGGUAAAGUGCGUCUGGCUACGCUGGAGCUGAGCUGCCUUUUGUUAAAACAGUCUGUGCUGUCUGGGAGCGACUGUAUAAUCAAAGAUGUUCACCUGGCCUGCCUGGAGGGUGCUCGGGAGGAAAGUCUGCAUCUACUGCGAAGAUUCUAUAAGGGCGAAGAGAUCUUUCUGGAUAUGUUUGAGGAUGAAUACAGGAGCAUGACG